GUGUGGGAGGGGGUGUCUACUUCCAGUAGCUGAGCGUCUCUCCGGUGACCACAGUCCACAGAGACUCAGUCAACAUGGGGCCGUGGACGCUUCAGGGCAUUUUAUUUCUCCUGCUUCUCUGUGAAUCCAACGGACAGAUCGACCAUGGGAGAAGACGUCACUGGGAUCACAGAAUGAUACCAUUUGAAAGGUUCUACCCACGCCUUGAGAAUCCAAAUUUAAAAGAAGCAGUUCAAGUUACAGCAAGGUUCACCCUACUGGCUCCAGACCUGCUGAGGACCGACAGCCAGGAGAACAUCUACCUCCAGGCCGACGGGCAGUCCAGUCCCGUCAGCGUCUCCAUCUCCAUCCAGGACUUCAGUAAGACGUCCACGCUUCUCCAGGACUCCGUCACUCUCGACCUGGACAACGGCUUCCAGGCUCUCAAGACCAUACAGCUUUCUUCAGAUCAUUUGAAUCGCGAUGAGAAGAAGAACAAGUUUGUGUACCUGAUGGUGAACUUCGGCGGCCUCCACUCUGAGGGGAGGUUACUGAUGGUGUCCUUUCACUCUGGAUACAUCUUCAUCCAGACGGACAAACCCGUCUACAACCCCGGAGACAUCGUUCAGUUCAGAGCCUUUGUGUCGACUCCUUCCUUUAAGGCCUUUAACAGUUCCAUCACUAUGGAUUUUAAGAAUCCAGAGGGUGUUGUGGUGAAACAGGUUCUCAGGAUGAGAGCCCAAGGUGGCGUCUUGGCAGACACAUUCCCUCUCUCGGAAAUGGUCAGUGAAGGGAGAUGGACGGUGAUUGCAAAGUUCGACCAUUGGGAUCAGAACAAGUUCACCUCCCAGUUUGAAGUGAAGAAAUACGUGCUUCCUGCCUUUAACGUCACAUUGACCCCCAGGAAGUCCUUCCUCAGCCUGGACGACAGUGAGCUGGAAGUAGAGGUCUCAGCCAGGUACCUGUAUGGGGAACCGGUGGUGGGAACGGCCUACGUGGUGUUUGGAGUGAAGAUCAACUCGGAGAUGACACGGCUGCCUUCAGUGAAGCAGGUGUCAGACCUGGACGGAGGCGUCGUCAGGCUCAGCAUGGAGGAGAUCAAGAGAGCGUACCCCGACAUUAGAUCCCUGGUGGGAAACUCUGUGUACGUCAAGGCCUCUGUGCUCACCAAGACAGGCAGCGACCUGGUUGAGGCCGAGAAGGGUGGGAUAAAGAUUGUGGAGUCUCCGUAUGUCGUAUCCUUCAAAAUAUCAAAGUACUUCAAGCCCGGCCUUCCCUUUGACUUCACAAUCCAGGUGAGCCACCACGAUGGUUCCCCGGCCCACAAUGUUCUGGUCAAGGUGAACUUGCUGGAUACUCCACUGGUCGUCACCUCCGGAGCCGCCAGAGCCACGGUCAACAUACCCAGCACCAGCACCCGGCACCCUCAAAUCAUUACCGCUGAGACCGCACAGGCUGAUCUGAGACCAGACCAACAGGCCAAGAACAGCGUAGUUGUUAUACCGUACCAGAGCUUCAACCGGCACCGAGCAAACUACCUGUACAUCUCCAUGGGCACCAACACGGCGUCUGUCGGAGAUGCUCUGUCCGUGAAGCUGACCGUCAGUGUUGCUGAGCCGACACAGAGGGACGCCAUCAAACACAUCACCUACCUGGUGCUCAGCAAAGGCAAAAUCGUAAGCGCUGGUCGGGUGGAUGUGACCGGUCAGUUGUUGACUGCCGUUGCGGUGGUGGUCCGACCGGAGAUGAUGCCCUCGUUCCGUUUUGUGGCUUUCUACAGCAUCCCCUGGGUGUCGCGUGAAGAGGUGGUGUCGGACUCCAUCUGGGUGGAUGUGGUCGAUUCCUGUGUUGGAGGGUUGAAAGUCGGGCCAGUGGACGGCGUUCAUCGAGACUAUGCCCCUGGGAAGAGAUUUAGUUUUCAGGUCAGAGGCGACCCGGGGGCAAAGGUCAGCCUGGUGGUUGUGGACAACGCUGUUUACCUGCUCAACAAGGACAGGCUCACACAGAGGAAGAUGUGGAACACGGUGGAGAACGGAGACUUUGGCUGCACCCGCGGGGGGGGCCUGGACGCCAGGGGGGUGUUCAGCGAUGCUGGACUUCUCUUCUCCUCCAGUGCCGGAUUUAAAACCAGACCCAGACAAGCCUUGCAGUGUCGAGGCAGUACCAGGAGGAGGCGCUCUGCUGAACUGCUGCAGCGUAGAGCUCAGCUGGAGAGUCACUUCAAGGAGAAGCUGCAGCAUCGUUGCUGUAAGGACGGCCUCAGGGAGAUCCCCAUGCCCUACUCCUGCACCCGCCGCUCCCUCUACAUCACCGAGGGCUGGGAGUGCAUCCGGGCCUUCAGAUACUGCUGUGCCACAUACAGGGACCAGCUGUUUGACACUGAGGUUCCCACCACCCCACCAACCACCACCCUUCCACCCCCCACAACCAGCAGGGCACCCCUACGCAUUUCUCCCUUUCGCUUUUCUCCUACAUCGCAUUUGGAUUUUAGCCGACGUGUUUAUUUAAAAGCAUCAGCAUCCGCACAACAACCAAUAGUGACCAUGGCCCGCACAAGUGGGAACAAAAUGAUGGAAGAACAUACGAGGGUGGGGCAGGUGGAACCGUUGCAGAAGGCGGAGGUGGAGGAGGAGGAGGAGGAGGAGGAAGAGUGGGAGUACCUUGAUGAGACUCAGGUGUAUCUGCGUGCCAAGUUCUACGAGUCGUGGCUGUGGACGGACGUGAACCUGCCGAGCACAGCAGACACAGACGGCUUGGCGACUACGAUUGUGGAGAAAGCUUUACCUGACAGUAUCACACAGUGGGGGGUCCUGGCCGUCAGUGCAUCGCCUCAGACAGGUUUCUGUGUGGCCGAGCCUUACAACAUCAGAGCGUGGAAGCGUUUCUUCGUGGACCUGAAGCUGCCGUAUUCAGUGGCGAGGAACGAACAGGUGGAGAUCAAAGCCGUGAUCCACAACUACGGCUACGACGACCUGCAUGUCCGGGUGGUGCUGAUGAAGACGGAGGACAUGUGCAGCAUCGCCUUUAAGGACAGACACACACAGGAGCUGACGCUGCCGGCCGGCACUUCCAAGGCGGUGCCUUACACCAUCGUGCCGCUGGUGGUGGGGAAACUUCCUCUGGAGGUGAUGGUGGUGGGCAGAGACAUGAUGGGAGGAGACCGCAUCCAGAAGUUUCUACGAGUGGUGCUGGAGGGAGUGCAGAAGACUGAAGUGCAGAGUUCAGUGUUGAACCCGUCUGCUGAAGGAGGAACACAGACAGUUCGUGUCAAGAGAAUCGAGCUGCAGUCGGUUGUGCCACACUCCAUCCCAGAGACAUUCAUCAAUGUCAGAGGCAACGUGUUGGCAGACAGCAUCGAUAACUCCAUCAGCGAGGACUCUCUGGCGUCUCUGAUCCAGAUGCCCGGCGGCUGUGUGGAACAGAACUUGGCCAGAGUCACUCUGCCGCUCAUCGCCACUCUUUACCUGGAUCGAACCAACGACUGGGAGAGCGUGGGGGUGCAGCGCAAGGCCGAGGCCAUCCGAUACAUCAGGAGAGGCUAUGAGAACCAGCUGGCGUACAGGAAGCCGAACGGCUCUUACCCCCCCUACAGACGAGAAGGUGCCAGCACAUGGAUCACCGCAUACGUGGUGAAGGUGUUCUCCAUGGCUCACUCCAUCAUCGGCGUCAGUGAGCAGCAGGUGUGCGACCCUCUGACCUACCUGGUGAAGAACAAACACCGCUCACAUCCGGGGAAAUUUGUAGAGGACAACCCUGUUUACUCCACUACCAUGACUGGCGGUCUCAGGGGCGAUGACCCUGAAACGACCUUAACAGCCUUCGUCCUCAUAGCGCUCGCUGAGGCCAAGCAGGCGGGGAUCCGCUGCACAAGUGCAGAUGUGAAUUUGGAGAGGAUCAUGGGUAAAACGGCCGACUACCUGAGGAAGUCUCUGAUCCAUCCGGGAAGGAGACCGUACACGGUGGCCAUCGCCUCCUACGCGCUGGCCCUGGUGGAGAAGGAUCGCUUCGACCUGACGUGGUUACUCAGAGCCGCAGCUCCAGGUGGCAGUCACUGGCCUGACAGACACAACGCCUUGUUCACCCUGGAGGCGACCGGCUACGCCCUGCUGGCUCUGCUGAAGCUGGGAAACAUGGAGCAAGCUUCGGUUGCGUUCAAAUGGCUGAACAGCCAGAGAGGAAGGGGCGGCGGCUUCGGCUCCACUCAGUCCACCAUGGUGGUGCUCCAGGCGCUGUCUGAGUACCAGAUCAACAAACCCCCCCCCGGCGACCUCAGUCUGGAUGUGGACGUCAGAAUCGCGGGUCGCAGGGAAGUGCGACACCAUUUCAACCCGAGCACGUCCUACGCCGCUCGCUCCUCCAGGCUGCCGGCGAACCUUGACCUUGAGGUGGAGGCUCGAGGGAACGGACAGGGGAUCCUGGAGGUCGUGACCUAUUACAACCAAGUGCAUGAGGUGGAUGAGAAGAGACCCUGCGAACACUUUGAGCUCAACGUCACCAUCGAAGAAUCCAGCGAGAAGCCUCCAGCAGAUGUAGAGAAGUCCUACCAGAUCACCAUCAAAGUGAGAGCGCUGGGGCCCGCAGACGUGAGGAUGGUCGUCCUGGACGUCAGUCUGCCCACCGGCUUCACCCCAGAAAACUCAGACCUGGAGAUGUUGUUGAACUCAGUGGACCGUUACAUCAAUAACUUCCAGAUUGUUGAUAACCUGAGCGACAGAGGCUCCCUGAUCAUCCACCUCUUCAAGGUGUCCCACAAAGAGCCAGAGAUCCUGAUCUUCAGGCUCCAGCAGAGCUUUAAAGUCGGCCUCCUCCAGCCGUCCUCAGUUACUGUCUAUGAGUAUUACAGCCCAGAUCAUCGCUGCAGUCGCACCUACACUCCCCGUGAGGACAAGGAGGAGCUCGCUCAGAUCUGCAGAGACAACGUCUGCCGCUGCACACAGGGUGACUGCUGCGUCCCCAAAGCCGACAGCGAAGAUUUCUCCACCGGCGACAGAGAGACGUAUGCCUGCAAGAGUUUACACCAUGUUUUCCAGGUGAAGGUUCUGAGUGUCAGCCAGAGUUACUACGACAAAUACGAAGUGGAGAUCACACAAGUGAUCAAGUUGGGUGUGGAGGCCGGAGUGAAGGUCGGUCAGAAGAGGAUGUUCAUGUCUCACGGAGGAUGCAGAGACGGACUCAGCUUGACGUCGGGCUCCGAGUACCUCAUCAUCGGCCCCAAAGAAGACCAGUGGAACAUUGACAGCGACACAAACAGAUUCAUCUACAUGUUGGGGAAGGACACGUGGGUGGAGCGCUGGCCCUCGUCUGCAGAGUGCUCCAUCAGUCCGAGUCUGGGGGAUAAAUGCAAAGGUCUCCACGAUGCUGCACAGGAACUGUCUGUCAACGGCUGCAGGCUGUAGCUGUGUCUCAUUUCAGAUCGAGAACAUGUCCUUCAUACAAACGUCUUGUUAGAAUGUAACUUUGAUGUAAAUUUGAAAAGUAAAAAACACUAUAAAAGUUGAAACACUAAAUUAGUGUUUAAAAUGUGUUUGUGUUAAUUUAGCAUUUUCUUUAAAUAAAACAUGUGUUUUAUGUGUCGUUUUUCAGCUGUAAUAAACAAAUCACUUUGA